GAGCCCCCGGCGAGGAUGGGACUGCCGGCCCUGGGCCUGCUGCUGGCAGCGGGGCUCCUGCACACGCAGGCCUCCCCUUCGGCGCGCUCCUUCCAGCUGGAUUACGAACACAACUGCUUCCGCAAGGACGGUGCCCCUUUCCGCUACAUCUCGGGCAGCAUCCACUACGCCCGCAUCCCGCGCCCUGCCUGGAGGGACCGGCUGCUCAAGAUGUACAUGAGCGGGCUCAGCGCUGUGCAGGUCUACAUCCCCUGGAACUACCAUGAGACACUGCCAGGAGUUUAUGACUUCACUGGGAACCGGGAUGUGGAAGCCUUCCUGGACCUGACGGCUGAGCUGGGACUUCUGGUGAUCCUGCGGCCGGGGCCCUACAUCUGUGCAGAGUGGGAGAUGGGUGGCUUGCCUGCCUGGCUGCUGUGGAAACCAGACAUCAUCCUGCGUACCUCCAACCCUGCCUACCUGGCAGCCGUGGACUCCUGGCUCCAUGUCCUGCUGCCCAAGAUCAAACCACGCCUGUACCACCAGGGAGGGAACAUCAUCAGUGUGCAGGUGGAAAAUGAAUAUGGGAGCUACUAUGCCUGUGACCAUGGAUACUUGCGGCACCUGCUGGGCUCCUUUCGGGCGCUGCUGGGCAGUGAGGUGCUGCUCUUCACCACCGACAGCACGGGAGCCCAGGAGCUGCGCUGCGGCACCCUGCAGGGGCUCUAUGCCACCGUCGACUUUGGGCCAGGAUCCAAUGUGACGGAGGCAUUUGGUGCCCAGCGCCGCGUGGAACCGAGGGGGCCCCUGGUAAACUCCGAGUACUACACAGGUUGGCUGGACUACUGGGGCGAGGCACAUGCCAGCACCAGCGCAGCGUGGGUGGCCCGGGGGCUGGAGGACAUGCUGCAGCUGGGAGCCAGCACCAACAUGCAAGUAGUCACCAGGCAGAGGGCACAGCCACCAGGGCAGUGGGCAUCACCUCUUGCCUUCAUCCCACUGGGAUCAGGCCAGCAUGGACCGUACAUGUUCCAUGGAGGGACGAAUUUUGCCUACUGGAGCGGUGCUGACUACAAGGGCCAGUACAAACCAGUGACCACCAGCUAUGACUAUGAUGCCCCCCUGUCGGAGGCAGGAGACCCCACUGAGAAGCUGUUUGCCAUUCGCACGGUCAUCAGCAAGUUCCAGCCCCUGCCAGCUGGCCCGAUGCCACCUGCCACCCCCAAGUAUGCCUAUGGCUGGGUGGCCCUGCAGAAGUAUGCUGACCUCCUGGAUGUCUUGGAUGUGCUGUGCCCCUCUGGGCCCAUCCAGAGCCAGUUCCCUCUCACCUUUGAGGCCCUAAAGCAGGUCCAUGGCUUUGUGGUGUACCACACACAGCUGCCCUGGGAUGUCCCAGACCCAGCCAUGCUGGGUGCUCCUCCCCACAGCAUCUGUGACCGUGGCUACGUGAUGCUGCAGAAGGAGUACCAGGGCACGCUGGAGCGGGAUGGGCAGACAACAUUGCAUGUAACAGGCAGGGCAGGGGACAGCCUGGACAUCCUCAUGGAGAACAUGGGCAGGAUCAGCUUCGGGGCCAACACCAGUGACUUCAAGGGCUUGCUGGGAAACCUCUCACUGAACUCCAGGCCUCUCAGCAACUGGCUGAUCUAUCCCCUGGCCAUAGACACCACAGUCCAACAGGGCUGGCCCCACACUGCUCUGCCAAAAUCAAGCAGUGGGGGCCGAGUGGGGCCAGCCUUCUACACUGGGACCUUUGAGACACCUGGCAUCGCCUGGGACACCUUCGUGAAGUUCCCAGGUUGGAGCAAGGGACUGCUGUGGAUAAAUGGCUUCAACCUGGGCCGGUACUGGAGCUGUCGUGGGCCCCAGCAGACCCUGUUUGUGCCUGGCUCGGUGCUGCACGCUGGCCGCCCCAACAACAUCACAGUGCUGGAGCUAGAAGGGGCACCUCCCACUCCCCUCCUGCUCUUCCUUGACCACCCCCUUUACAACAGGACACUUGGCUGCAGCACCAUGGCCACGGAGUAAA